UUGGUCAUGUUUUAGUGUCUCAAAAGCCAAGCAUGUUGCUACUAAAAAUGUUGCCAAAGAAGCAUACAAAAUCCCUUUUUCUACUCUGUCUUCAAUUAUUGCUAUGCAGUGCUUCAGUUAAUGGAGUUGAGCAGAAGAACUUUUACAUUGUUUUCUUGGGAGCUCACACACAGAGCAGAGGAAAUGCACUUGAGACCUAUUUAAAUGUUCUAUCUUCUGUGAAGGGAAGCUAUCUUGAAGCCAAAGAUUCUAUGGUGCAUAGUUACUCAAGGAACUUCAAUGCAUUUGCUGCAAAACUGUCAGAAGAUGAAGCCAAUAAGUUAUCUGCCAUGGAUGAAGUGGUUUUAGUGUUUCAAAACCAGUACCGUCAGCUACACACAACAAGAUCAUGGAACUUCAUUGGGUUGCCUCCAACAGCCAAAAGAAGAUUGAAAGUAGAAAGUGACAUAAUUGUUGGUCUUUUAGACACAGGGAUCACACCUGAGUCUAAAAGCUUCAAGGACAAUGGAUUUGGUCCUCCACCAGCAAGAUGGAAAGGAUCUUGUGGCCAUUAUGCUAAUUUCUCAGGCUGCAAUAAAAAGAUCAUAGGAGCCAAGUACUUCAAGGCUGAUGGAAACCCUGAUCCAUCAGACAUAUUAUCUCCUGUGGAUACUGAUGGACACGGCACUCACACUGCAUCAACAGUUGCAGGAAAUCUGGUCCCAAAUGCAAAUCUCUUUGGGUUGGCCAAUGGAACUGCUCGAGGUGCAGUGCCAUCGGCAAGGUUGGCAAUUUACAAAGUUUGCUGGUCAUCUAGUGGAUGUGCAGACAUGGACCUACUUGCUGCAUUUGAUGCUGCUAUACAUGAUGGUGUGGAUGUCAUAUCUAUUUCCAUAGGUGGUGGAAAUCCUAGUUAUGUUCAGGACUCUAUAUCAAUUGGUGCAUUUCAUGCCAUGAGAAAAGGUAUAAUCACAGUGGCCUCUGCUGGAAAUGCUGGUCCAAGCUUCGGAACUGUAACAAAUACUGCACCAUGGAUUGUAACUGUAGCAGCUAGUGGCAUUGAUAGGGCCUUCAAGAGCACUGUUCAGUUGGGAAAUGGAAAGAAUUUUUCUGGGGUAGGUGUGAAUUGUUUUGAUCCAAAAGGAAAACAGUAUCCUCUUGUCAAUGGGAUUGAUGCAGCCAAAGAUCCAAAAGACAAGGAGGACGCUAGUUUCUGCUAUGAAGACACCUUGCAGCCAAGUAAAGUGAAGGGAAAGCUUGUUUACUGCAAAUUAGGAACAUGGGGCACUGAAUCUGUUGUUAAAGGAAUUGGGGGCAUUGGCACUUUAAUAGAAAGUGACCAAUUUCCUGAUGUUGCUCAAAUUUUCAUGGCACCUGCUACCAUUGUGAAUAGUGUACAAGGUGACAAUGUUACAAAAUAUAUACAAUCCACGAGAUCACCAUCAGCAAUGAUAUACAAGAGCCACGAGGUUCAAGUGCCAGCUCCAGUCACUGCUACAUUUUCAUCUAGAGGCCCAAAUUCAGUAUCCCAAAAUGUUCUUAAGCCUGAUGUUGCAGCUCCUGGCAUUGACAUCUUGGCAUCUUAUACUCUCAAAAAGUCACUCACUGGUUUAAAGGGGGACACUCAAUUUUCAGAAUUUAUUCUAAUGUCUGGAACUUCCAUGGCAUGUCCUCAUGUUUCUGGAGUUGCUGCAUAUGUUAAGUCAUUUCACCCACAUUGGACUCCUGCUGCAAUUAGGUCUGCCAUUAUCACAACAGCCAAACCAAUGAGCAAGAGAGUUAACAGUGAAGCAGAAUUUGCCUAUGGUGCUGGUCAACUGAACCCAACAAGAGCUGUUAGCCCUGGUUUGGUCUAUGACAUGGAUGACUUAGGGUAUAUCCAGUUCUUAUGCCAUGAAGGAUACAAAGGUUCCAGUUUAUCAGCUUUAGUUGGUUCACCAGUGAAUUGCUCCUCUUUGCUUCCUGGGCUUGGCCAUGAUGCUAUGAACUACCCCACAAUGCAGUUGAGUCUUGAAAGCAGAAAAGACACAAAAAUAGGAGUUUUCAGAAGAACAGUGACCAAUGUUGGUCCUGCUCCAACCAUCUACAAUGCCACCAUCAUUUCACCUAAGGGAGUGGAAAUCACAGUGAAGCCAAGCAGCCUCACUUUUUCUGAAACCAAGAAGAAGAGGAGUUUCAAAGUAGUUGUGAAAGUCACAUCCAUUGGAAGUAACAAAAUUGUGUCAGGUUCCCUUAUAUGGAGAAGCCCACGUUACAUUGUAAGGAGCCCUAUUGUUAUCAACAAUCCAUAAGGUUAUGUUUUGCAGUGACCUAACUAAGCUUUUAAAGUUUCCCUUUGUAUCAGUUACAGUUUGUUGAUCAUGUAACUACAGAUUUUCUUGAAGUCUGUAUCUAAUUCUAAUCGUCAAAUAAAGAUGAACUUUUCACUCGAACUUCACGACCUCUUAUUAUCAUUAAAA